UUUUAGAAGCUUUGAGCAUCGUCGUAUUCGAAUGUUGUAUGCCAGCUAAUAAUAUAUGCCUUGCCAUUAUUUUACUAAGACUUAAAGAGCUGUUCAAUUAAUAUAAUAAAUAUUUUGUACAAAAUAUGUGUCGUAUUCAAAUGUGGUACAAAUGUGGUACUUGUCGGCUGUCGUGCUGUAUGAAAGUACACAGAUCGUACUCAUAAAUAUUACUAAAACCAGAAACGAUAACAGAAAUCUGACAAGCAGAUUCGUCAUUUAAUUAAAUAUUUGAUCAUACCUAACUAUUAUAUCGCAGUUUACAACGAUACGGGACUUUAGGCAUAUACUGUACGACGGAAGUUAAAUAUUGUAGUUAGUUAGUCGUGAUCAUUCGACUGCCUAUCACGUAACCCUACCACAUUUAGACGCCACGACCAAGUAACCAGCAGGCGUUUUUAGGGUAUAAAAACCUUAUGCACACCGAUCGAAAUGUCAGUCAUUUAGUUAUAUUAACGUACAAACAAAUAUUAUAAUCAUCAUUAUAAUAUAGUUUAUCGCACAUUCUGCACCUAUAAUAUAUACUUAUCACUGCAGUAUCGUACAUAAACACUCACAAAUACAUACUAUAUUUACACUCAUACAUCUAACAAUUUCGAGUGACCACUGCAAGCGAACGACCAAGCAGCAGAUUCCGAAAUAACAGAUAUCGUACCGAAUAUAUAGGUUAGGAUAAGAACAACAAAAACAAAAACUAUAACAAUAUGUUUCUGUCGUACGGUACCGUGGCCAUGUUCGCUUUCACGAUACUGUUGAAUUUCUUCUUCUUGAACUCGCCCGUCAAAUCGCUGGAGACCGGCACGAUCUACUUUGCGUGCCAGGAUUGUCUGAAUGACGCGUGCCACAAGGAUAGAAACAGGCCGUGCAUGACCAGAUACGACGGUACGUUCUUAUGUUUCACGUGUGAAAUCGAUUAUGGUAACAACCAGUACUACACCUUUGAUGAAUGCAAGACGGGUUGCACGAAUUCGACGAAGAUUUGCAUUUGUACCGGUAUGUGUUUCGUGUGCAUUGCAAGAGAAUUCCUCGAAAACGGUGGUUAUUUAGAAGAAUGCGAUUUGCGAACCGAGCAGGAACGGACAAUAACGUGCAAGUAAGUUCCAUACGGCACCACCAGCAUGCCCGCCGAGAGAUUAUGUAUAAUUAAAAUAAUAGAUAUGCAUAAUUUUAUUAUUUUGCCGCAGCAGUGGUAGGUAGACUAAUUUUAAAACUAUGCUUCUGAUUGGUAAUAUUAUAAAUUUAUAUGGGCAUGAAUGUCAACCGUUUCCCGAAAAUGUGUUCGCUGUGUGAAAAAAAAAACAACGAAAAUACAAAAAUGCUCUGUACUAUUUUAUUGUUAUUCCAUAUUCUUUAAGAUUUUAUCUAUACUGUAUCGUUUUUAUUAUCUAUUAUAUUAUAUAUAACAUAUAGUUAAGUUGAUAAAUGUUUGUAAUAUUAUACUAUAUGUUAUGGGUGCAACUAAAUCAUUCUAUGUAUUUAUUAUUUCAUCAAUAAAAACUGACCCCGUCGUAUUCAAAUGUUGUAAAUCUGCUUCUGGUCAGUGUAAAAGUUGAUUAUUAAAAAAUAUAAUUUGCUUGUAAUCUUUACAGUGUGAUUCACAAAGCAUUUAUUGGAAUUGUUAAAUAUACUUCAAGACCAAAUUUUCAAAUUCUUGAGAAGCUUUGCUUUUUCUAUUCAACGUUUAAUACUGUUAAUUAUUUUUCGUCACACCUGCAUCGAAAAUUUAGUUUUCGAUGACGGUUGAAGUGCUGGGCGUACACGUAACCCCUGCACAAUACUACACUGAAAUCUAUACCACGGUCAUUACGAAACAUAAUCUUUUGGUUACAUUUUAUAAUCAUAUUAUAACCUAUAUGCAUGCCACUUAAAAUAAAUAAAAACCAUUUAAAUAAAUUGUUUCUUUUAUAAUAUAUGAAAUCAGAAUUAUAGUCUGGUUGCUGCAAUACC